GCAAGAUAAGCUGAAGGGGAGGUGGCAACAUCACAUCCCACCCUGUAUAAAGAAAUGGAGCAAACAACUUUGCAAGUGGAUAAUUUUUAAAGAAAGCUGAAGGAAGGAUCCAUAGCCCACCAGUGCAAGCAGAAACCAAAGACUUUCACGGUACACAGAACUAGACAUGAAACAAGGUCUGAGCAUCAGAAAAUGUGAUUUCAAGAUCACAAUGAACAACAAUAACCACCACACAGAAGAAAUCAGCACUGAAAGGCUUAUGGUGAGGCGAGGGCAGCCAUUCACUAUCACUGUGGUCUUCUCGGCUCCAAUAUUCAAAUACCUGCAGCUACUGAAGAAGUCCUUCCUCACAGUACAGACAGGAUCACAUCCUUCCAAAGCAGAUGGAAUCCAGACUAGAUUUGACAUCUCCGUCCUGCUUAAAGACCAGAAGCAGUGGAGCGCAGCACUGGAAGAACAAGACCCAUUCUUCUGGACCAUCUCUGUGAACAGCCCUGUCAAUGCUCCCAUUGGCCAGUACACACUGCUUUUACGUGCCUCCAAGUCUUCCCAUCUCCUGGGCAACUUCACUCUUCUCUUUAAUCCCUGGUGCCGAGAUGAUGAGGUGUUCUUGCCUAAUGAGGCACAGCGGCAGGAGUACAUUUUAAACCAAGAGGGUCUCAUCUACGGGGGGACUGAAAAUGCAGUCCUAGCGCAACCCUGGGACUUCAGUCAGGAGGAUAUUGUUGACAUCUGCUUCACACUGCUGGAUGUAGGUGAACGCCAUCAACAAGACAAGGAUCGCACGCAGCGCAAGAACCCUAUUUACAUCUGCCGCAUAGUUGCUGCCAUGAUGAACUGCGAUGAGUUUAGAGGAAUCCUGGCAGAAUGUGGGACCAGGCAAUACUAUGAUGGGACACCCCCUUCCAAGUGGCUAGGAAGCAGUCCCAUCCUCCGGCAGUGGGCUGCAUCACAAUGCAAGCCUGUCCGCUAUGGGCAGUGUUGGGUGUUUGCUGCAGUCAUGUGUUCAGUUCUGAGGUGCCUGGGAAUUCCUACCAGGGUGGUCACAGGCUUUACGUGGGCUCACAACACUAGCAGCUGCCUAAGUGUGGAUGAGUAUUAUGAUGAAGAUGGGACACUGCUUACACAAGACAAAAGCACCCGGGUCUGGACCUUUCACGUUUGGAACGAAUGCUGGAUGGCUCGAGCAGACUUGCUACCAAAGUACAGUGGGUGGCAGGCACUGGAUGCCACCUGCCAGGAAAAAAACAGAAGUCUGUCCUUCUGUGGGCCAGCCCCUGUUCAAGCCAUCAAGGAAGGGGACAUAGAAGUGGAUUAUGAUGUCUGCUACUUCUUUGCUGCCAUCAAUGCCAAGUGCCAGGUCUGGAUACAAACAGCGGAUGGCCUCAAGCCAGUUCUUGGUAGCACAAAAUACACUGGCAACAACAUCAGCACCAAGAGUGUGGGCAGUGAACGCUGUGAGGAUAUCACACACAACUACAAGUAUCCUGAAGGUUCUCUUCAGGAACAAGAAGUACUAGACAAAGCCUACAGAAAGGCAAAGGAACUUGAGACAACCACCACCAGCAGCAAAACAGAGUUUAGCACCAUCCCUACUGCCCUUGAAGAGCCAAUUAACCUUUUCAUGCACCUCCAGUCAAAGAGUCCUCUGCUACUGGGACAAGAUAUUCCACUUUCUAUUGAAGUGUUUAACCACAGCGAUGGAGAAAAGGCUAUUCACCUGGUAGUUGGGGCCCAGUCUCUGCAUUAUGAUGGUGUGCCCACUACCCAACUUUGGAAGGAAGAGUUUCAUUUUAUCCUCAAAAGCAAUGAAGCUAACAACCUGCAGGUCUUUGUGCCUUAUUCACGGUACAGAAAAGGGUCAGGAGAGAGUCAUCUGCUUAGGCUGACUGCCAUGCUGAGAGAAGAGGACUCCACCUACAUAUACUUCGCACAGGAAGAGAUCAGCAUUUGUGAACCCCUUCUCACUAUUGAGUUUCCAGAAAACAUGGUACAGUAUCAGCCAAGCACAGCAAAGAUCAGCCUCCAGAACCCUCUCACCGAACCCCUGGAGAAAUGUACGAUAGUGGUUGCAGGGCGAGGGCUCAUUUACAGACAAAGAGAGUACAGCUUGGGCUCUGUUCAACCUAAAAGCAGUCAAGAGCUACAAAUCCCAUUCACCCCCAUCCAAGCAGGGCCCAGAAGACUCACUGCACAUCUUACCUGCCUUCAACUCCAGAACAUGAAGAGCUACAAAACUAUCAACAUCGCAGCUGCCUGAUGCUCAACUUGGAACAGGUCCUGCUGUCCUGUUUACAAAAAAGUGGUCAUGAUCUGUGCCCUGAUCUUAGGCAAGCAUUGACGUUAAGAGUUUCAUUAAAGUAAUAUUUAAAGCCA